UUUCAGUCAUUAAAAAAAAUUAGAAGCAAGUCAGAAAAAGUGACUGCCUGCAACUUCCAGUAAAUGAUGGACAUUUCAUCAUAUUAGGCACUGGUUAAGUAACUGAUCGUUGGAUGUACAGAGAGACAAUACAGACCCUGACCAAUUGAAAUCAGGAAGGCUCAAGAAGAAAUAAGGGAAUUUACUGCAGUAAAUUCCCAACAGAAGCAAUGUUUGUUUGCAUUCAACAAGCAAAGAAUUGCCCAAUUUGAAUUUAGUCAGGUUUCUGUUAAUUAUUUCCAAUUUGCUCUUUGAGAUAAGGCUUCCUAUAAAUAUAGUACCAUUUUUCUUGUGAGAAUCCAUCAGAAAGGACUCCGUUUUUCCGGGGCUUUGCAAUACAGCAGUGCCUAAAGAAGUGAACUAUGAAGUUCUACAACUGCAUGUUGUUGUUGUCCCUGGUACUAUGUGUCAGUGCCCAGAACUGGUUCCAUGAUGCUGGAUCAUUCAUAAGGGAUGCUUAUCUAGGCGCUGAGGAUAUGUGGCGUGCAUACAGCGACAUGAGGGAGGCGAAUUAUAAAAAUUCAGAUAAAUAUUUCCAUGCUCGUGGGAAUUAUGAUGCUGCCAAAAGAGGGCCUGGCGGUAAAUGGGCAGCAGAACUUAUUAGUGAUGCCAGGGAAGGUUGGCAGGGUGGCAUUAGUGGCAGAGGAGCUGAAGACACACGUCAAGACCAGGAGGCAAAUGCAUGGGGCAGAAGUGGAGGAGACCCAAACCACUACAGACCAGAGGGCCUUCCCUCGAAAUACUAAUGCAGCCUGUAAUACUUUACAAUGGUUCCAUUUUUCUACCAGCUGUGCAAAACCACAAUAAAUAAAACCUUAAAUUUC